ACACCAAGAGCCAUUAAAACACGAAAUGACUUGAAGUUUAGUACUUCGCUCACUGAAGGGGUCUUGAACCAAUCUAAUAAGCGAUUCCCUGGCGAAAUCCAGAUGACGGAGAACGGAUUGUAAUACCGGGGCGGAUCGGCUUUUCAGUGAUAUCGCAUGUCGCAACCCUUCAAGUAGCGGUUUGCUGAAAAUUCGAGGUUGCACGACUGUGCACUUGGUAACCCUGCUAUGUUUGCGCUUGACUUGAGAGACUGAGCUGAGGAUCGAUCCUCCUCCUUGUCCUAUCCAGGUUCCAACUCAUCAUCCACGGACACACUUCCGGCGUGGAUUGUCUUUUACUGUUUCAAUACUCAUUCAUCUCCUCCCAUCAUGGAUGUGCUAAAGGAAAAUGCCAUCAAAUACGGCUUCACCUCGCCGGCAUGUUUCCAGGAGCUGUUUGUUACACACAACUUCAGCAAUGUGGACUGUCUUAAGGUUCUCUUCGCCAAGGGACUCGGUUAUGCCAUCAUUUUGGGUUCUAGUCUGGUGAAACUACCCCAGGUACUCAAGAUUGUGGCCAACGGGUCGGCUCAAGGCAUCUCUUUCCUGGGUGUGCUCCUGGAGCUAUUGGCCGUCACGGCUAAUGGGGCCUACAGCUUUAAUCACGGCUUCCCGUUCAGCUCUUACGGCGAGGCGGUGUUCUUGUCGCUACAAACCUCGCUGAUUGCGUUGUUGGUAUUGUGGUUUGGAGGUUCUACCAUCUCCUCCGUGCUGUUCACGUUGGUGUAUGGUACCAUAGUGUUUGGCAUCUUGCAACCGGGGUUGAUUCCGGAGGAGGCUCUGUGGUGGGCGCAGGCUGCCAAUAUUCCCAUGGUGGUGGUGGGGAAAUUGAUUCAAGUGGUGAGCAAUCUUCGAGCCGGCCACACGGGUCAACUGUCGGCCGUGACCGUAUUCCUGUUGGCCCUUGGCUCUCUAGCUCGCGUGUUCACCUCGAUUCAGGAGACUGGAGACCAGGUGGUCGUGGCCACCUACGUGUGCUCGUCGGCCGUGAAUGUCUUGCUGGCCCUCCAAGUCAUCUACUACUGGAAGGCUACACAGAAAGCGUUGGACAAGCCCAAAGGUGGGAAAGCCGGAGGGAAGGCCGCUCAGAAGAAGAAGCGUAACUAAAAGCUCGGUUGGGCAUUGUUUCGAAAUUUGUAGAUGGCUAUCAAUCAGCCCUUGCCUAGUUAUUAUUCCUGAUCUCUUACCUGAUUCUAAUAUAUGUUAUUCUCGUUUCGAGUUUCGAAUAAUAAUGAUAAUUACAUCAACAAAGAA